CCUUUUUCUAUUAGAUUUUCCCAUUUUAAACUUUUGUUAGCUCCAUCCAUGACUGGGGGCUCAUCUUCACCAAGGUUUCGUCUUCUCUAGAUAACUGGUAAGCCGGUAUUUUCAUCUACUCCAUACAUUUUUAAGCUAUCAAAGCUAAUGCAGAUGGAGAAGAGUUGAAUAGAUAGAUAUUCUUCUGGCUUUUUCUAUAUCCUUAUUAUCAUGGAGGAUCAAAAUGGUCUCAAUUUGAGCUUGGGCCUACCUUGUGGUAGAGUUACAGCCUCACAAAGAGGUAAAACUUGGAACUCCUUAAAUGACAGGACAGAAGAAGGUGAUAGAAAUAACAAUGUGAUCAGUGAUAUCAAGAAUUUUCUAGAUGGCGGUCCCAAAAAGCUUGAUUCUGUUAUUGGGUUGCAGAGAAGUGAUCUGGCGAAAAAUGAGGGAAACUUCUUCAAUGACCUUUCUAGUACAUCUCUCCACACAGAUCCUAGUAAAAGGUUGAACAGUGGAGGAUUCUUGGUUCGAAAUGGUAGUAGGUAUAUUGAAGUAGAAGAAGAGGAAGAAAAGACAACAGAUAAAAACAUGUAUGGAGAGUCAAACCACAAGAGGAAACGCGAUAGAGAUUCUCAUGACAAGACCAUGACAUCACAUAUUUCGAUUAACACGGAUGAUGACUCAACUGGGGACAAUGAAGAUGUAGCUGAUUCUGAGGCAGAAAGUAAUGACCAAGUUGAGAUUAAUAAUGAGGAGGUCAAUGGUUUUAAGAUUUCUUCAGAGAAGGAGGUUAAGUAUGGGAAUGUGUCACAUGGAUCCCCCUUCUCUCAAUCAGUGAAUGUUAUAAACAUGCCCUACUCUCUUCCUUUAAAAGAUAGUAACGAUCCUAGUUAUUCAGGGACACACCCUCUCGUAAACUCAAACAUGCCAAGGAUGUUUGGAUAUUCUCGUAUACAAUUGUCCUCAGUGGACGAAGGCAAAUUUUGUGCCCCGGCCUCUCAUCAUCACGGUCAACAACUUCAUCCGACUAAUGCCCGAGGCUCUUCAAACUCUGACAAGCACAGUGAUGACAUGAACGUAACUCAAGUAGCUUCUUCACAUCCAGUGGUUGCAAAGAAGUCACCCAGCAAUGAAAGACAUCCCUAUGCUGCAGAGGAAGGUUCAUCCAAAAACGUAAAAGGAAAUAACAAUAUAAGCUUCAGGGACCCCACAGACACGUCAUCUGAAUGGCCCAAAGCAGGAGAUGGACUUCCUCCAACACAUCGUCUUGAUUUCUCCCUAAUCAAACCCGGUCUUGCUGCUGAUGUGAAAUUCGGUGGUUGCGGCUCUUACCCGAACCUACCUUGGGUUUCAACAACAGGGUCGGGUCCAAAUGGUAAAACCAUAUCGGGUGUCACGUAUAGGUAUAGCCCUACCCAGAUCAAAAUUGUGUGCGCUUGUCACGGAACACAUAUGUCCCCCGAAGAAUUCGUAAGGCAUGCCACAGAAGAGCAAACAACCACCCAAGAUGUUGUUGUUGGUGGUGGGGUAGUAACAUCAUUUCCAAACAGCAACUAUGCUGCCUCGACUCAAAGCUGAGUGAAUAAGAUUCUUGAAGGCAGAAGACCAUAGUUCUUUGUGGCUUGUGAUAGGUUAACGGCCUGGCUGUAUGUAAUUUGUAUGCUUAACUUUUUUCCCCCGAAACAUGAGAAGCAUAUUCUCUUUUGUGUAUAUGCUGCUAUAUAUAUGUAUGCAUAUGUAUAUGAAUAUGUGGGUGUGUGUACAGUCAUAGAGAGGUUGGUCCAAUCCAAAAUUAGGAAUGGGUUUCUGUCCGACUAUUCCCAAGUAAACCGUUGGAUAAAAAGGAUGGUUAGGAUGUUGAAUUUGAAUAGUAGGGACAUAAACUCAUCCGGAAGUUUCGACAUGAUCAACACUCUAUACACAGACAUGUAUAUAUAUAUUGUUUAUACAUCUCUUGUUCUCUGUA